AUGGCUAAAAAUAAGCGAAAAGUAAGUGAAAAGGAGUCAAAGGAUGCGAAAGUGGUUCACAAGAGGCGAAGGAGACCAACAAAACACGUGAAGACAACUGUUUGUAAAUACCCUCAAGAAGUGAACGAAAUGUCCGCCAAUUGGAAGCGUUUGUCACAAGAACUCAAUGAGAAGAAGGAUAACAACAACAACAAGAAGAAGAGAUUUGACCCAAAAGUGGUUAAGAAGAAGGGAUUCAAUGAUAAGAAAGUGAAUGAAAGCAAAUCGGACGACAAGAAUAAGAUUUGGUUCGACGGCGUCGACAAGUGUCUCAUAAAGUCCUCGAUGUCCGACACAAACGCGUCCAACGGUGAGACAAAUGAAGAAAGACUUGUGAAGCAAAAGAGUUUUAGUGGUUUGACGAAAGUGGUGGGAAUGGACUGCGAAAUGGUGGGCACCGGUAGUGAUGGCACGAACUCAGUGUUGGCCAGAGUAUCAAUCGUGAACUUCUUCGGGCACUGUAUUUACGAUAAGUAUGUGAAAGCAUUGGAAGAGAUCACAGAUUACAGGACAGAAUGGAGUGGUAUUAGGCCUAAGGAUUUAGUCAAUGCUCUGGACUUUAAGACCGUUCAGACAGAAGUGCACCAAAUAUUGAAGGAGAGGACAGUCGUGGGCCACGCCCUCCACAAUGACUUCAAAGCCCUUCUGUUGAGUCAUCCGAAACACAAGACUCGAGACACGAGUCGAUACUUUAAGAAACUGUUUGGCGGCCGAAACCCGGCUCUCAAACGGCUCUCGGAAUCCGUUUUAGGCGUAAGAGUGCAGACGGGAGAGCAUAACUCGGUGGAGGACGCGAGGGUUGCCAUGAGAUUGUAUACCAUGUUUAGGAAGAAGUGGGAGUCAGACCUCAAGAAGACUUCCAUUAAAAAAGCUAAAAAGACUGACAAAUAA